AUGAUUAGUUCCAGAAAACUCAUCAAGAUGGCAAGGAAGUGGCAAAGGCUGGCUGCCAUGGGAAGAAAACGAAUAACGGUCCCAGGAAAGAAUGACUAUGAGGAAGCUAGUACCAGUAGCCAUUCAUCUAAUUCUUUGGCUAGGAAAGGCCAGUUUAUUGUGUAUACUACUGAUAAAAAGCGAUAUGCUUUCCCCAUAGCCUAUCUCAAUAAUUGCAUAUUGAGGGAGCUGCUCAUAAUGUCAGAAGAAGAGUUUGGACUACCAAGUCAUGGACCAAUCACAUUGCCUUGUGAUGCUGUAUUUAUGGAUUAUGCAAUUUCUUUGAUCCAAAAGAAAGCAACUAAAGAAGUUGAGAAAGCUUUGCUUAUGUCCAUGGCUGCUUAUAGAUGUUCAUCGUCUUACCAAUUCCAUGAGCUAGAGACAACGCAACGUUUGAUGUUAUGUAGUUGUUGA